AUGAAAACCAAAGAAAUAAGGAAAAGAGAGGAUAUUUUAAUAAAGCUUAAAAUCAAGUAUACUAAUAUCGAAGAAUUAAAUAAUCAAGUAUUUGAAGAGUUUUUUUUUAAUAAAUUAAAAGAAUUUUGUUUUUCAACUCGCAAUUAUGAGUUGUGUCCAUCGAUUCAGCAAAUUAUCAAAAGAAACCCAUUUUAAUAACAACUAAAUUACUUUAAAGAAGUGCAUGAUUAAAAAAUUAUUAAAAGAGAAACCAAAAUCCAAUAUUUUUAAGAUAAACUCAUCUAGCUCCUAAAAUCCAAUAGAGUGGUUCCCAAAAUUUUGACUUCAAUCAAAGUAAAAGAUAAUUCCAUUAAAUUAAAAAAUCGCAAUCCCCCUUUACUUGAUGAUAUUCAUAAAGCCUAUGAAAAUGAUGAUUAUAUCUUAGAUGAAAUCAAUUAAGAUAUGCAAGAGAAGGAUUUUGAAGAUCUACCAAUAGAUAAAUUGAUUUUGUUAUCCUUAAAAAAAUUAGAAUAAAACAUUGAUAAAUAUUGUAGCCCAAAUUUCCUUUGCUAUCAAGAAGUUGCAUAAAUUAAAGAUACAUAUCAAAAAAUGGGCAGUAUUGAUUUGAAAUCAAAUAAAAAUUAUGAGGAAAUCUACAUUACCUAUGGUAAGUUUGUUAAUAAAUUGAAUUAAAUUGUAACUGGAUUUGACAAUGAAGACUUCUUCAGAGUCGUUGGACCAUUAAAGAACAUAAUUUUAAGGAAAAUUGGUAAAAUAGUUUUGUCUGAAUUAGUUAAAAAUCAAAUAGCCUUGCCAAAAAUAUUAACUUAAAUUUCAUUACUACAUGAUAAUGAGUAAAGUAAUUUUGGAUAAAAAAGAGCCUUUGAAAUAAGAUUUACUCAUGAUUUCUUAGAUUAAAUACUAACCAUGCCUGAAGUUAAAGACUUCAUAGAGAUCUUUAAUUUCCCUUAUUUGCAGAGAUGCACAACUUGGAGAGCGAUUAAAAAUUACUACUUUUAAAUUAUAGCUACCAAUUUUAAGGAAUAGGAGAAUCAAACAGAAAAUGAAAUUUUAUCCUUUUAGCUUUAAGAAAUCUAUGAAAAUAUACACGUCCACUCUGAGGAACUAAGAAAACUAUCCAGAUUUAGUACAGUAGCCAAAAUGUUUAUACAGGUUGAACAAAGGUUAAAUUAUUUGGUAGAUAAAAAAGUGAUUAUAGACGAUUAUGAUGAGGAAACUAAGGAAUUUUUACUGAUUGCUUAUCAAUUAUUAAAGAUCAAGGCAGCUAUAAAUGCAAAACUUAAUAAACAAAAUGGAGAUAUAAUAUUGGAUGAACCAAUAAAAAAGAAAAAACCAUAUCAGAAAAGAGAAAUCAAAGAUAAAAAAGAUUUAGAUAAAAUUAAUUAAAAGUAUAGAACUAUGACAUUAAUGCUUGCUAAUCAAAGAAGAAAGAUCUCGUAUCUAUUAAAAUACUUUAUCCAAACCUUGAAUUCUGGAAAUUAACCUUAUCCUUUCAUCUUAGGAAUAAUGGAAUGGAAGAGAUUCAAUAUUAGAGCAACAAUUAAUUAAUAAUCAUUAGACUUUUUAGUGAUGGAUGCUGUAUUUAUGAAAUUUAUGCAUGAUGAAUACAAAAUUGAUAUAAGUUCUGGAACUUCUUAAGAGAGAAUCGAUAAAAUUAUUAAUGAACCCUAUUCAGAUUAUGUUAAGAAAACUGAUUCCUAGACUUUGGGUAGUUGGACUCAGUUACUAGCAAAGUAGGCACGUUUAGUGAAUGAGCAAAAAGAAUUAAUUAGUUUGUAAAUAAGGAAAAUUCUGAAUAGCAAUAAUUUUAAUAAGGAAGUAGAUAAUCUUGUUUAAUCAGGACAAACAAGNAGAAGUUGCAUAAAUUAAAGAUACAUAUCAAAAAAUGGGCAGUAUUGAUUUGAAAUCAAAUAAAAAUUAUGAGGAAAUCUACAUUACCUAUGGUAAGUUUGUUAAUAAAUUGAAUUAAAUUGUAACUGGAUUUGACAAUGAAGACUUCUUCAGAGUCGUUGGACCAUUAAAGAACAUAAUUUUAAGGAAAAUUGGUAAAAUAGUUUUGUCUGAAUUAGUUAAAAAUCAAAUAGCCUUGCCAAAAAUAUUAACUUAAAUUUCAUUACUACAUGAUAAUGAGUAAAGUAAUUUUGGAUAAAAAAGAGCCUUUGAAAUAAGAUUUACUCAUGAUUUCUUAGAUUAAAUACUAACCAUGCCUGAAGUUAAAGACUUCAUAGAGAUCUUUAAUUUCCCUUAUUUGCAGAGAUGCACAACUUGGAGAGCGAUUAAAAAUUACUACUUUUAAAUUAUAGCUACCAAUUUUAAGGAAUAGGAGAAUCAAACAGAAAAUGAAAUUUUAUCCUUUUAGCUUUAAGAAAUCUAUGAAAAUAUACACGUCCACUCUGAGGAACUAAGAAAACUAUCCAGAUUUAGUACAGUAGCCAAAAUGUUUAUACAGGUUGAACAAAGGUUAAAUUAUUUGGUAGAUAAAAAAGUGAUUAUAGACGAUUAUGAUGAGGAAACUAAGGAAUUUUUACUGAUUGCUUAUCAAUUAUUAAAGAUCAAGGCAGCUAUAAAUGCAAAACUUAAUAAACAAAAUGGAGAUAUAAUAUUGGAUGAACCAAUAAAAAAGAAAAAACCAUAUCAGAAAAGAGAAAUCAAAGAUAAAAAAGAUUUAGAUAAAAUUAAUUAAAAGUAUAGAACUAUGACAUUAAUGCUUGCUAAUCAAAGAAGAAAGAUCUCGUAUCUAUUAAAAUACUUUAUCCAAACCUUGAAUUCUGGAAAUUAACCUUAUCCUUUCAUCUUAGGAAUAAUGGAAUGGAAGAGAUUCAAUAUUAGAGCAACAAUUAAUUAAUAAUCAUUAGACUUUUUAGUGAUGGAUGCUGUAUUUAUGAAAUUUAUGCAUGAUGAAUACAAAAUUGAUAUAAGUUCUGGAACUUCUUAAGAGAGAAUCGAUAAAAUUAUUAAUGAACCCUAUUCAGAUUAUGUUAAGAAAACUGAUUCCUAGACUUUGGGUAGUUGGACUCAGUUACUAGCAAAGUAGGCACGUUUAGUGAAUGAGCAAAAAGAAUUAAUUAGUUUGUAAAUAAGGAAAAUUCUGAAUAGCAAUAAUUUUAAUAAGGAAGUAGAUAAUCUUGUUUAAUCAGGACAAACAAGUACAAUUUACACAUAAUUAAUUUCAGAUUUAAUCAAAAUCAGAGAAUUUGUAAAUCAGCUAUAUUGA